AUGGCAACCAACAAGAGCAGCUGCCAGGUUAUCUCCCUGCUCGCCGAGCGCAUCCAGACGGCUGCUGCAAGAUCAUGGUGCGAAUUCGCGACGAGCCGUGUGUUUUGGGAGUCUAGACAAGAUGCCACGGUGCAGACGCGGCGUGGGGAUUUUCUCCGUUCUGGCGGCGUCUCGGGCAGGCUGGGCGCAGAUACGUGGGGAGGGGCGGGUGGGGGUGGGGACGGGGUGGAGGAGACGGGAGAAAGCGGCGGCAAGUGGGCGCGGCCGGCGGCCGGCGUCUCGAGAGCGCCGAGGCGAGGCGGCGGCGGCGGCGGCGGCGGCGGCGGCGGCGGCCUCACCCCCGUGACGUCACGGCGAGGCGGCCGAGGCGCCGGGCCGGCCUUUGUGCGCCGCCAUUCUUGUGCGGAGGCGGAGGCGCUCUCGAGCGGGCGCGCGGCCGCCUCUCGCCUCUCGCCUCCCGCCUCUCGGUGGCCUCCUCCUGUCGCCCGCGCACUCACCCUAAAAAACUCUUCCCGGCCGGGCGGGGACUGGGGUCUCACGGGCCCCUCCAGGCCCGCCCUUUUUUCUUCUCGUACGCUGGCCUUCUAUUACGAGUACGGCGCCCACUCCACGUGGCGUUUUCGGCUAGUAGUGUAG